AUGGCCGGCUACGCAAGACUGCUCCGAAUUCACGCCUAUGUCGACCUAUAUUAUUGUGUGGUCAACUUUUCGACUAGUGUGGUAAGAGGUUUCGGUUGGUAUUGAUACGUAGUCUGUUCAGGAACCCGUCCCAUACAGCGGAUACUUUUAUUUAGUCCCUACGGGAUUUCUCCGCCAUAUCAACAACCACUACUGUUGGGCCUUCUUCUUGGGAGCCUUUUAUCACACAGUGCUGAUUGAGAUGUGCAUAACCCCGAUUGACUUGUAUUAUCGCUACCUAAACGUUUGCAGGUACGUGCAAAAAUUGCGGAAAGGGGAAGUAUGCGAGUUUAGAAAUCGAACAAUGUCCAACAAGGCGCUGUACGGAGUGGUCAUUUCUUUGCUUCUAUUGACGUUUUUUUUCUCUAUUCCGGUUUAUUGUGCCACCGGAAGGUUCGGGCCAUCUUUUGAGACACCGCUGGAGGCUGACAUCACUCUGAGACUUUUUCAGAUUGAGCGAUUUGCGGAUUUGGAUACAAUAUUUGCAUAUAACCCAACAGUAAGUGUGAUAAAUCUAUAGGGAAAAGAGAGAGACUGCUAGUAGACUGCUGGGAUCUACAUAUAUUUGAAGUGCAAUUUCAGUCUGGUCUGAUGGCAUAUUUCAACCAUGUCGUCCUUCAAUGCACAUUUUCCAUCAGUUUCUUGUCCGUGGCUUGGUCGUACUUCAACAUUCGGCGCAAGCUAAAGGAUCAUUCCAAAGCCAAUCCAACGUCAAAAGUCCAUCACCUUGAGAAUCAAAUCAACAGGAUCAUGUUGCUUCAGGUAUAACGCAAAGCUAAGUGAAAAACUAAAAGUAACAUUUCAGGUUCUAGUCCCUGUCUUCGCAAUUGGAUUGUCAGUGACGUCAACGGCAACGGCCGGGAUAGUCCAGUACAAUCUACCGCAAAUGGGAGCCGUUAUCCGUGUGACGGGCAAGUGGAUUUGCGCCUUGAAGCCGUUGAUCACCAUCUUUCUUAUCUCAGCUUAUCGGAAAGGACUGGCUCGACAAGUUUUCUUAAAGAAAGGGAUGCUCGAAGAACAGGUACAUACUUCGUCCCAAGUAACGGCUAAAUAG